AGCUUACGAAAAUACAUGCUGGAGCCAUGAAUCAAACUCCGUCAUGUGACGGAGGGGAGGUACUGGGCUGGCUCCCAGCCAGUGGUAGGAGCUGAUGGGUGGAACGAACGGAGCAUAAAAAGACUAAUAUGACUAACGGAUCCUGGAUGCGUGGUACCCUUAUUUGGAUCUACAGGAAUGUAGGCUCUAGCAGUUCUGCAGCUCUACCAGCCUUUUUCCUGACACUGGAACUGCUGCUCACAAAGUAGAAUCCUGCUGCUCUGUGGCAGGAAGGAUAGAGAAAGAACAUGGCCUGCAUUUUGAAGCGAAAGUCCAUUUUUGCUGUGAGUUUCAUUGCCGCAUUCCUCUGUCUGAUCAUUGUUCGUCUCACAAAUGAAGUAACUUUCCCUUUGAUCCUGAACUGCUUCGGACAAACCAGUGUCAAAUGGAUACCAUUUUCUAAUGGCCAAAGGCAGCCUCUGAGAACUCAUUACGGAUAUAUAAAUGUGAAAACACAAGAGCCUCUACGACUUGACUGUGACUUCUGUGCCAUUGUUUCAAACUCGGGACAGAUGGCUGGCCAGAAGUUGGGAGCCGAGAUAGACAAGUCCUCCUGCAUUUGGAGGAUGAACAAUGCUCCCACAAAGGGCUAUGAGGAGGAUGUUGGGAAGAGGACAACUGUAAGAGUGGUCUCUCACACAAGCGUGCCUCUCCUUCUCAAGAAUCCCGAGUACUUUUUCAAAGAAACCAACAACACUGUUUAUGUGAUCUGGGGACCUUUCCGAAAUAUGAGGAAGGAUGGAAAUGGCAUUGUGUACAACAUGCUGAAGAAAACCGUUGACAGCUACCCAACUGCCAAAAUCUAUGUGACAACAGAAAAGCGCAUGAGUUACUGUGAUGCAGUAUUUAAGAAGGAGACAGGAAAAGACCGGGUCCAGUCAGGUUCAUAUCUCAGCACGGGUUGGUUCACCUUAAUUUUGGCUAUGGAUGCCUGCUAUGGAAUUCACGUCUAUGGGAUGAUAAAUGACACCUACUGCAAGUCAGAAAGCUUUCGUAAAGUUCCCUAUCACUAUUACGAGCCAGGAAGAGAUGAAUGCGAGGAAUACUUUCUGCAUGAAAAUGCUCCAUAUGGAGGCCAUAGGUUUAUCACGGAAAAGAAAGUAUUUGCUAAAUGGGCCAAGAAACACACAAUAAUAUUUACACACCCCAACUGGACAGUGUCUUGAUACUGGUUUUCUCAACACUCCCUUAACAGCAUAUUACAAAAAUGUCUCAGUUUACAACAAUUUUGCUUACAUCUGGCUGGCCUUUCUCAGCCUAGGUAACACUAAACUAAAAGCCAGAAGACAAAGAGGGUGAUGGUUCAGCUGUUAAGCAAAUUGAUCAUCUCUGGGAGGCAGACACAUUGUUUGUUAUUUCUUAGGGUUGUACUCCACACAAUGCACUUUAUGCUUUAACUGGAUUUCAUUUCAAGGCAGUAGCAAUUAAAGACAGAUGAGAUUUCCUGUAUAUACAGGGGCACACAGAGGACAUGAUGGUCCUUUAAAACUUGUUCAUCACCUUACAUAAUUAAAAUUCAUAUUUGCAGCUGGUAUUGGAAGAAAUUUUCCACAAAAGAAAUAUGAGGUAAAAUACAGACCUCCAAAGUCCAUGAGUGAAUUGAUUUAAAAAAACACCUGAACACAUGCAAGCACCUGCAUAUAUGGUAAAAUUAGAGAUGAGCUAACCAGGAUUCUUGAACUGUACACAACUCUUGCAUGAGAAGAUACUGUUUAAGGCUCACAAUUAGUUCAUAACUUCUGAAAUGCAACUUCCUUCCACCCUGGUCAGGCUGCACCUGAUUGGAUUACGUGAUUUCUACUUUUGGAGGCAGUUGUCCCACAGUUUAGCUCCAGCAGCAUGGCACUUAGCAAAGAUUGUGUUUUGCAGUCCAUGCUGAACCUUUGGGUGUUUUACCAACCCUACUGUCACUACCCAAGCUGGCUAGUAUUGUCUCACAAACAUCUCCAUUUACUCCAGUUGUGUCUUAGAGUUGCUUCAACAUCCAAAUACCUGCAUUUUGACAGUAUUUCCUAGGCAGUCAUCAUCAUUUAUUUAAAAUCUCCAGUUUCUCCAUCUUUAAAAGCAGGGAUAGUAUCUAUCUACCUCACAAGGGAGUUGUGAGGAUUAAUUUAAAUCCAUAAAGCACUUUCCUGAUGAAGAAUGCUACAGAGAAUUUAUUCUUAACGCAAAAACAAUGGUACCUGUCAUUUAUUCUUGUCUGUUGGGUAUUUGAAGAAAGUGACAGUGUGUCUGGAUCUGAUGAUGAAUUGUUCUGUGCAUCUGCUUUCCUGCUGAGCAUAAUUUGUAAUACGGGGUUCUUUCAGCUUGCAUUGCUUCAAAUGGAGUUGAAAGAACUCACCCCCUUGCAGUAUUAUCUGCACAUCAAGAGGUAGUUCAAGAAUUUUAAAACAUACUCAUCUCUAGUUGAAAUAUGUAUUUCCAAGCUUACUCUCAUAGAAUGUUUUCAACUGCAGCAGACUCAUUUGUAAUAUGACCAUAAUUCAACUAUACAUGUAAGUUUUAUUUAAACUGUAUUUAAAUUAAUGCUUUAAGUUUAGAAUGUGUCCUAUGAAUAUUUUAAUAUCUGGAAUGUCAGAUUCAACACUGUAAUAGCCAAUACUGUGAACACUUGAAAGAAUUAUGUGUGAAACAUGACACACAGGGUUUACUCACACUACUUAAACAUUAACCAACAGGAAACUUUGUAUGCUUUUGUAAAUCAUGAAAAGGGGAAAGUAAAAAGCUAUUUUUACAUGUAAGUAUUUGUA